UAGUCUUCUUAUCCAAGGAGAACAGGACUCGCACACACACUCUCACACACACACGCAGGACUAGCAGCGCGCUCACAGCUUCAUUGAACUUGCUGCUGAUUCUCUGACAGAAGAAAAGAAAAAACACUCGCGGACCUCCGUGGGAGAGCUCAGAUAAAGACGUGCCUUCAGUCUCAGAGAGUAUAUCAGCGAGUGACUAGCGGAGAGCCAGAGGGGAGUGCAGAAAUGAAUGUGAAGAUCCUGACGCUGGUGAUUGUGCUCUUGGUGUCUCUGCUGUGUUCUGCCAGUGCUGGUCCCAUGGCCUCCACGGAGCAUGGCAGAGGGCUGGAAGAGGCUUCUACGGCGAGAAAAAUGGUCCAGCAGAAUCCUGUGAGAGGUGGUCAAACCCACAGACCAGCCAAGAGAAGACGCCCACGGCCCCGUCUUUCCCACAAGGGGCCCAUGCCGUUCUAGAGCAAGGCACUGCUUUGAGCACCCUCCCCUAGGUUCUGAUUUCUAUGCUCUUCCUUUGCCUUGGGGGGCCUUGCAAUGAAGGGCCUAUGCUCGCUCAGCCUGAAGAGUGAUGUCCAUAGCACCUGCUGGUUCUCCAAGCAACUCUGUCCACAAAAAAUUAGGACAAGCCACUCACCCUCAGCUCCAGGAGGAAUAUGGGGGCGAC